AUUCAUUAAUACUUAUCAAAUUUUAAAUUUUUAAUUCACAUAUACAAUGGUCGCUUUAAUUCAAAAACCAGCCCCAACUUUCAAGAAGACUGCUGUCAUUGACGGUGUCUUUGAAGAAGUCUCCUUGGAACAAUACAAGGGUAAAUGGGUUCUUCUUGCCUUCAUCCCAUUGGCUUUCACUUUUGUUUGCCCAACUGAAAUCAUUGCUUACUCUGAAGCUGUCAAGAAGUUCACCGACAAGGACACUGAAGUUCUUUUCGCUUCUACUGACUCUGAAUACUCUCUCCUUGCCUGGACCAACGUUGCCAGAAAGGAUGGUGGUUUAGGUCCAAUCAACAUUCCAUUGAUUGCUGACACUAACCACUCUCUUUCCAAGGACUACGGUGUUUUGCUUGAAGAAGAAGGUGUUGCCCUCAGAGGUAUUUUCCUCAUUGAUCCAAAGGGUACUUUGAGACAAAUUACUAUCAACGAUUUGCCAGUUGGUCGUUCUGUUGAAGAAUCCUUGAGAUUGGUUGAAGCUUUCCAAUUCACUGAAAAGUACGGUGAAGUUUGCCCAGCUAACUGGCAACCAGGUUCUGAAACCAUUAAGCCAGAAGUUGCUUCUUCCAAGGAAUACUUCGGUAAGGUUAACAAGUAAGAGAAAUACGUUCUAUUUUUAGAGAAUAAUAUUUAAAUAAUUGAAAAUA